UCUUGCGAUCAUUCCUUCGAUUCAAGCGAGUGAGCGCGGGUCUUCUAUCACAGCUCUUUUGGAAAAAAAAAUAAGUCCAAGAUGUUUAGCGUUGCAAUUCUUGCCACCUUUGUAGCGCUAGCUAGCGCUGGUCCUAUUCUCACCAAAUCGCCCGUAGACAAGAAUCCACUGUCUAUGGAAGCGAUUGACUUCAUAAAUAGCCUGCAUACGACCUGGAAAGCGGGCAAAAAUUUUGCUGAAGUGUACACCAUCGAGGAUGUCAAGAGAUUGUGUGGAGCCAAGAAAGGACCACUCCUGCCAUUACGUGAAAAACUCCUGAUUUCUAUGGAUGAUGUACCAGACCAUUUUGAUUCCCGCGAACAGUGGCCCCACUGUCCUACCAUCAAGGAAGUGCGCGACCAGGGUGCAUGUGGAAGCUGCUGGGCAUUUGGUGCUGUUGAAGCGAUGAGUGAUCGCUACUGCAUUAAAUCAGAGGGAAAAGUAAUGCCUCACAUCUCUGCUGAGGAUCUGCUGUCAUGCUGUGAGACCUGUGGCAUGGGGUGUAAUGGUGGGUAUCCAGAGUCUGCUUGGGAUCACUGGACAAGCAAGGGUCUUGUAACUGGUGGGCAGUACGACAGCCACAAAGGGUGUCAGCCAUACAAGAUCGCUGCUUGUGACCAUCAUGUUGUCGGCAAGCUAAAACCCUGCAAGGGUGAUAGCCCAACCCCCAAGUGUGAGCGCAAGUGCGAAGCAGGCUAUAACGUGUCUUACUCUGAUGAUAAGCACUUUGGUCAGAGUGCAUACAGUGUUCGCAGUGAUCCUGCAGAGAUCCAGAAAGAAAUCAUGACCAAUGGACCAGUAGAGGGAGCAUUUACUGUCUAUGCUGACUUCCCAACAUAUAAGAGUGGUGUCUAUCAGCACACAAGUGGUAGUGCUCUGGGUGGCCAUGCCAUCAAAAUUCUUGGCUGGGGCGAGGAGAAUGGAACACCAUACUGGCUUGUUGCAAACUCAUGGAACUCUGACUGGGGAGAUGAAGGCUUUUUCAAAAUUAAGCGUGGCAAUGACGAGUGCGGUAUCGAGUCAGGGAUAGUUGGGGGUCUGCCUCCUAAGUUCUCAGUGGAAGCCUGAUUCAGCUCAACUCCUUAACCAAUCUCUUGCCUUUUAAAAAUGUUCUAAUAAAAGAUUAAACACACAACACUGUUGUGUAGAAAUGUCA